UGAUGUGAAUUGUUAUCUGAAGCCAGCUGCCUCCUUUCUGCCGGGACUCAGUACUAUUUGUGUGCUUCAUAGACCUAUAAUUGGAAAGCAGAGUUAACAAGAAGUUAUCUGCAGGACAGUUCGGAGUGCUGUGGCUUGAGAAGAACACUGAUAACCAACAAGGAACAGGAUGGGUUUACUUCACCAAGAGCUUACUUUUUAAAUGGAUUUUAAGAAGAAAAAUAAAUCCCUAUCUGAUAGGACUUUAAGACAGAAGAGUAUGGGCACAUCUUAUCAGUUUCAAGUGAUGGAAGCUUUGGGUUCUCCUGUUGAUAGUGGAACAAUCCCUGUGACUUUUACAUUUGUUCCAUCCGUUGGAACCCUUCCUUCAGAGGUGGUGCUGGCAAAGGAGUCAAAUUAUGUGCCUAAGAUUGUGUCUCACAAAGGAUCAUUGAUGCAAAAGGAGGAAAACAUUACCCCAUUCCCUUGUCAACAUCAUUAUAAGCCUCCAGCUCUUCCUCCACCACAGACUCCUCCCCCUUCCUCUUCCUUUAGUGGUAGCUCAUCAUCCUGCUCUUCCAUGAGACGUUCUCCAUGUAGGUCCCUAACAGCUACAGGGGAGCCUGCAAAAUGCCCUGAAGACAAACCUGAAAAAUUGACAGAGAGAAAAAUGCAUGAAUCACCUCAAAGUAUGUUGAACACAGCAGGCAAAGCAACAUCUCAAGAUAGUUUAAUGCAAACAAAAUCUGAUACAAAUAACCCAGAGAACAUAAACCAUAAAGAUCUAUUCAUUGCUGAAUUUGUUGUCGUGAUGGAUGAUGAUGAAGAUGAAAUAAUUACCAAAGAGUAUCAGACUCUGCCCUUCGAGGAAAGUAAACAUAAAUUCAGAGAGACACCACAACGAUCUUGGCAGCCAAAAGUAGAAGUAAAGGUUAAAGAAUUAUAUGACCACAGCUUACAAGAGAACUGCUGUGAUGUGGGCGAUCUAGGGACAAAGAAAAUAUAUCCUGUGCCUUCGGUUGUCCUAGACUCCUGUUCUACUCAAUUUUCAUACUCCUCAUACCCAGAUAAUACACAAGUAUAUAGAAGACAAACCACUAAUUCUGUCCCUACAAAUGUAUAUAAACCUAAUACAGCAGUUAAAGAUACAUUUCAUCUACCUUUAUUAUCACAAAAGACUAAAUCACUUCAUAUUUUAGGUACAGAAUUUCCAGUCAGUUCAUAUACAAGAAGAUCCCUGUAUUCUCCAACUGAUUUAGAAAUGUCAGAACACAAAGCUUCAAAUAUCUCUACGAGCGGAAGGCCCAAUGUAUUGUCACCUCUUCCUAUACAGGUUAUAAGAUAUCCACUUUGCCGUAGCCCCAGUCCAUUGAGCUCUCCUCACUUUGGCUCUUCUUCAACAAUAUAUAGUAUGAAUGAAAAUAUAUCUCCAGUACCAAAGCCAGAUGCUACUACAGCAGUAUCAUCACGGCUUUCAUUUUUAACUUCCUUACUAAAAUCGAAAAGGUCAUGUUUUAAAAGAACAAUAUCUCCUUACCACCAAUAUCAGUCUGAAGCUAAAACAAUUUCUCUUACAAAUUCUUAUUUUCAGAAGUCCUCCAUGAUACCACAUGCUCAUAGGAAAGCAAUAUCCUGUGUUUCACUUAACUAUCCAAGAGAGUCCAAAAUGCCCUACUUUCAAAGAAAAGCUGAAUUGAUGUCAUCAGUAUCAGAGUCAGAUAUAUUACAUGGUGAAUUUUCAUUCCACCAAAGUCCAAAUAGGGCACUUUCCCCAGACUCAAUACAUUUUAAGUCAUCUACAAGUGCACUACUUUCUCCAAAAGGAUCUGUAUCACCAUCUUCUCAACUGCUUAUUAGGUCAAUUACACCACCCAGCUUUAGCAGAGAGCAUAUUUUAUCCAUAAAUGAUAAACCUCCAAUAAGCAGAUUGCCACCUACAUGCCUGAAAAAAUAUUCUGUUCCUGGUAAAUCCAAAAGAGUUACAUUGUUUCCUCCUCCUUUACACAUUAACAAAUCACUGUGUCAGUUACCUGAUGAAAAGAAAAGGGAAAUGCCUCAUUUGAAAAAAUAUACAUCACCCAGGAUUCAUUUUAGAGCAACUCCUACUUUUUCGAGUAAGACUUCAUAUCCACUCAAUGCAAUGACUAGUUCCUCUAUAGAUAUUGAAAAAAAUCAUGGCCUUUACGCUCAUGCAGCCCUACUUUGCAAUAAAAAUAUGGCGACAGAUCAGGACACAUGCCAAUUAUUACACCCAAAUUACUCAUGUCAGGCUUUUAGUUCAGAAGAAUUAUCAAGAAAGAAUACACCACUUUGCUCAAUAUCUACUAACAUUAUGGCACAGCCAAAGUCAACUCUGUCAAGAUCAUGUGACCUGCCAUCAGGAAGUUCAUUGUCUCUGAUUUCUGACCUUGAAAAUAAAAAGUUAUACAAAAUCAAGUCAAGUUAUAAAGCUUUUGCUGCAAUUCCUACAAAUACAUUACUUCUGGAUCAAAAGGCAAUUGAUGACCCUCAAAUAAAUAGAAGAAAUAGUGAAGCUGAAGACAGAACAGAUGCACAUACUGAGAUGUGCUCCCCUGCGUUGCUUAGGCAACAGACCGAAGAAAUUUGUGCUGUCAUUGAUGAGGUGCUACAUGACCCAUUUCCCACGUCUUCUAACUCUGUAUCAAGAUCUCCAAAGCUGAAAUCUGAGAAAAAAUCUGGAUGUGUAAGUAUUGUGCAAGUAUAUAUAUGUAUGUAUAAUAUAAGUUGAAUCCCCAUAUAAACAAUGUAAU